AUGGCAAGCACGAGGUGGCCUACUAGCAUCACCUCGCCAAACCCAAACAACUUCGAGCUCAACAGCCCUGCGGAGCGUCGGAACAAGGAACAGAACACCAACCGCGGUACACGCACAGGUGCAGAUGCUUUCAGCCGUCGACUGCGCAGGAGUGGCCGUAUGAACGAGGAACUACGCGGCCUCAGGGAGGCACACUCUGUAGUUUCAGGCCGCGCAAAUGCAAACAGAAGAAACGUCAACUUCAGACAAACCCCUCUACCUCUGGGUACUCGCCAGAUCAGCGCUGGCGCUGUCUGGAAUGUUGGUGGGCCUUCUGCUGUGAGUGACACAGUAGUAGCAGUCUCCACUGGCAGAGGUGGAAUGCUUGGAAGUGGAACGAACGCGCCAUUGUACAAAUCUGCUUUCCUGAACCGAGCAGACCCCGAUGCCGAACUUGAAGCCUACGAGAGACGUCUCGCACUGGCGCUCGACAUUGACCCGACUGAUCGCAUUCUCCAACACUCGUCUUCUCCAGUGUCGUCGAGCUCACCACAUAUUCUCGAUGCCCCUAACCUCCGCGACGACUACUACUGUACCCUACUCGCAUAUUCCUACACCUCCAAGUGUCUGGCUGUCGGCCUAGGAAACUUUGUUCAUCUGUGGUCUGAGAGAAACGGUGUCAACACGCCAGAUUCCCUGAACGCCGUGCCGCCAAACGGUCCCGCAGAUGUUCAGCACGUCACCUCCUUAGACUUCUCCUCUACAGCAGGUGGUCAAGCGAUUCUUGCCGUAGGGCGGGCCGAUGGCCGCAUCUUGCUGUGGAGCCCACUGGAUGCUGAGCCACGAUUCGAUGCAACUCAACCCAAGCCUGUAUCGUGUGUAUCCUGGAGACCGACUAUUGUGCAACGCCCUUCUCUUCGAGAUAGAGCAAUGACUGUAUCGACUGAAGAAUUGCUCAUCGGGGACGAAGUCGGUCACAUCUACUUUUACAGUGUGGAGUGGCCGUCAGAGACGCACAGUGAACUCUUCGGUUGGACUGGUGCCAUGACCCUGUUGGCUCGACUUUCAAUCCACAGUCAACAGAUCUGUGGCCUAGCAUGGUCAUCCGACGGUGAGCUUUUUGCGAGCGGUGGAAACGACAACAACUGCAAUCUGUUCGAAACCAAGAAAGUACUCCGAUCGAACCCCGCAAGUGAAAACACAGCAGCCAUCUUGGACGUCCGGGAAGGCCCACGUGGCGAAUCCAUCUACACUGUAACCAACCGUAGCAACAACGCCGUGCUACAUCUCGCGCAAUCAGCCGCAAAACACACAUGGACGCUCAACGCCGCCGUCAAAGCCAUGGCCUUUUGCCCCUGGCAACGCGGACUCCUCGCCGUCGGCGGCGGCUCAAACGACCGCUGCAUCCACUUCUACCACACCCGCUCCGGCACCUGUCUUGCGACCAUCGACUGCGCAGCUCAAAUCACUGGCCUUACCUGGUCCCAGACACGCCGCGAGAUCGCAGCAACUUUCGGCUUCGCGCAACCCGAACACCCAUACCGCAUCGCCGUCUUCGCCUGGCCCAGCUGCGAACAAGUCGUUGCCGUUCCGUGGUACGAUGAGAAUCGCGCGUUGUGUGCAGUCGCGUAUCCAGGUGGUCCCACAAGCGGUCCGCAAACAGACGACGAUCGUGAUGGUGGGCGAGCGAGGGGUGAAGACGGGGUGUGGUCGCGGAGAGGUGCUGAGGAAGGUUGUAUUGUUGUGGCCGCGAGUGAUAUGGCGAUUCGGUUUCAUGAGAUUUGGAGUGAUAGACGGGGUAGUGUGGGUGCGGGCGGCUUGCUGGGUGGUGGCUCGAUGGGCUUGUUAGGCGGAAGUGAUAUCCUUGAGGGGCCUUAUGCUGGAGGUAUCGAAAGACAGGGCACGAUUAUCAGGUAG